CUGCAGCUCCUUGAGCCACCCACUCAGGACAGGGAAACACCGGGACAACAGCACCGACACCGCGGGGACAGGCCCAGACCGCGGGAUAGCCAGGGACCGGGCCAAGCCCAGGCCGGACGCUCGUCACCUCGUUGACGUGCAUGUGAAGCUGAGCUCAGCGCCAGGAGGGCAAACCCUGGCAGGUUGGUGAUGGCUGAUGUGUUUGUGUGCUGUUCAGCAGGAUGGUGAUGGCUGAUGACUGGGAGUCCCUUCGCCCCCAGGAGCCGUUACCUGGCCAAUGCUGUGGCAGCGGCUGCAAACCGUGUGUCUUUGAUAUUUACGCCCGGCAGCUGGAGCGAUGGGAGCAUGCAAAGGCAUGUGAUGAUCGUGAGCAACUCACUGGCGAGAGUGAGGCAGAGUCUGACCCAGUGCAGGUGAUCGGAGCCGAGCGAUGGAGCAGCUUCCAGGUGGUGAGGGUGGAACAGCAAACAGUGGAUACUUCACUGUACAGGUUACAGCUACCCAUAGGCCGCCGCCUGGGGCUGAGUGUGGGGCAGCACAUUGUACUGAGGGGAACGGUGAACGAUCUGGAGAUUCAGAGAGCCUACACCCCAGUCAGCCCACUCCAUGCUGAAGGUUACUUUGAAGUUCUCAUAAAGCUGUACGAGGAGGGGCUGAUGUCGCAGUAUGUGAGGACCUGGAAGGAAGGGACGACUGUGCAAUGGCGCGGCCCAUUCGGUGGAUUUCCCUACAAACCAAAUCAGUACGAGCAGCUGCUGCUCCUGGCCUCAGGCACUGGGGUGACACCAAUGUUGCCCCUGCUUCAGUCCAUCGUGGACAAUGAGGAGGAUGAGACCUUUGUGGAUGUGGUGUGCUGCUGCCGCACAUUCCCCGAGGUUUACCUGAAGCCGCGCCUGCAGGAGCUGGCGGCCUACUGGAACAUAAGGACACAGUUUGUCUUGAGCGAGGAGAUGGCGCCUGAGACUGUGCCCUGGAGUUACCGGGAGAAGGUUCAGUGUGGCCGGCUGGACAUAGAAACCAUCAGCAGGUUUAGUCAGCAAAAUAAACACCUGAGGGGAGUAAAGGAUUUACGUGGGGUGUGUGCCGACAAGGGGCUGAAGACAUCUAUGUUGCUCCUCACAUGCAAUUGUGUAAACUCUUCACUGCACCAUCCUCUUCAGCUGUGCCCCAGCUCACAUCUCUCCCAUCACGCCAUUAUUGACACUUUCAGUUUUUCUGAGUGUAUUAAUUGUUCAGACAUCAUGCCAUCAUAAUAAUAAUCCUUGCAUUUGAGAC